CACGUGCUUUCGGGGAGAAAAGGAAAACUUCUGACGGAUCUAACACGCACUGUCACUCCGCGAGCGCGCUGCGCGUGCCAGCACAUGCAGUUUGGAUCGCCUCGGUUAACUGUAAUCGGUGUCUGAGAAGCCAUGUGACAGCACUAUUUCGACUCUCUCUCUCUCUCUCUCUCUCUCUCUCUCUCUCUAAUAUAUAUAUAUAUAUAUUCCCCAAAUCUGCCAGCGGAUCGCGUGCGCGCACGGUGGUGGACAGCGUCAGAGCGGUAGAAUGAGGAAUGACGCGCGUGCACGAUGGCGCGAGAGGACUCGGUGAAGUGCCUGCGCUGUCUGCUUUACGCUAUCAACUUACUCUUCUGGCUAAUGGCUCUGUGUGUGCUGGGAGUGGCUGCGUGGCUUAGGGAUUACCUGAACAAUGUGCUCACCUUAACUGCGGACACCAGGCUGGAAGAAGCAGCGGUCCUCACAUACUCCCCUGCGGUCCACCCCGUUGUCAUUGCUGUGUGCUGUUUCCUAAUCAUUGUGGCCAUGGUGGGCUACUGUGGCACGCUGAAAUGCAAUCUUCUGCUCCUCUCCUGGUACUUUGGCAGUCUGCUGGUAAUCUUCUGUGUGGAGUUGGCCAGUGGUGUGUGGACAUACGAGGAGCCAUCAGUACAGCGGUCAGACAUGAUCAGCCUAAAGUCACGUAUGCCGAACUAUGGCCUGCAGCGCUACCAGUGGCUAACACACGCCUGGAACUCCUUUCAGACUGAGUUUAAAUGCUGCGGCGUGAUCUAUUUCACUGACUGGCUAGAGAUGACGGAGAUGGAGUGGCCACCUGACUCCUGCUGCUCCAAUCAGUACACAGGCUGCGCUCGCCACGCCCACUACAGUGACCUGAGCGACCUCUACCAGGAGGGUUGCGGCCCCAAGAUAUACAGUUUCAUCCGAGGCACGAAGCAACUGCAGGUCCUUCGUUUCCUGGGUGUGUCUAUAGGAGUGGCGCAGAUCCUGGCCAUGACGCUGACCCUCACGCUGCUCUGGGCGCUCUACUACGACCACAAACCUCCUGAUCCUACGCCACCUGACACAGUUACACACACACACUGCCUUGCCGAGGAGUCCCAAAAACCUGGACACGGGUACCUACGGACAGCCGACACCUGGGCUAAUGGACACAGCCAGUUUGAAAUGGAGCAGCUCUCUUAGCAAAAAACGCUGUUAGUUUUUUUCUCACAUAUCUAAAACAUAUGGAGCUUCUUCUGUAGACUGGAACCGCAGCUACAAAGGGGAUGGGGUAGCAGGGAAUAUACAGCACCUUAUACAUGGAUAUACAUUAGGAUGCUGUAGAACACUCACAACAUACCCUUAAAAGCUCGAAACACUCAGAUUAAGUAACCAAAGACGAUUCUGGAAGCGUACCUACAUAGCUAUUCAGCCUUUCCCCACUAGAACCGUUGAGUUAUAGAAGAUUGGAGGAGGCUUCAUGAUUUUUAUGUUCACAUUUUUACCUGACAUUUCGGGAUUUAAAGGACUAUAAUCACUAGACGCACACAUAAACUUGGGUCUUAACUGUAUUUUAAGGGUGUAUUAAUGAAUUCUCUGCUAUUCUAAGCAUUUUUUUUUGGAUGUACCUCUACAUGUCUUAAUUCACUAGCACUGUGAUGUAAAUUAUCGAAAGAACAGUUCUAGUUUUAGCCAAUAAAAUGUUACAGCAGUGGCUUUGCUAUAAGAAAGGUUGAACACAAGCUGUGCUUUUUAAUCACGUAGCAUGUACACUGAAGCAUGUGUGUGAAUUACAGUGCAUUUAACAAUCAGAAUCAGGUCUUUUUAAUCAUUUUUUAAAAAGUGUGUUUGUUGAAACUGGGCUGAAAUGUAGCUCGUUACUUGUUUAAGGAUAUUUUACAGACUGAAUUACAGUUACCUGCAGCAGGAUGUAAUAGAUAUAGUGUGUUUUUAAGGACUGAAAAGUGUGCUAUUAUAGGAAAUUAAUCAACAUCGGGGUGGUAGCAGCCCACAGCUUUUAAGGAUUCCCCUCAGAUGGACAAACUAAAGAACAGAAGUGUAUUCUCCAGUUUCUUGCUAUGUGAUGUACAGAUGGGUGACAA